AUGGUAUUGGAGAGUACUAUGAUUUGUGUAGAUAACAGCGAUUACAUGAGAAAUGGAGACUUUUUGCCUACUAGACUACAGGCCCAACAAGAUGCGGUAAAUUUGGUAUGUCAUUCAAAAACACGAUCAAAUCCUGAGAAUAAUGUUGGAUUAUUAACUUUAGCUAAUGUUGAAGUAUUAGCUACUUUGACCAGCGAUGUUGGACGCAUACUCUCUAAACUUCAUAGAGUGCAGCCAAAUGGUAAUAUCAACAUCUUAACUGGUAUCAGAAUCGCGCAUUUAGCUCUUAAGCAUCGCCAGGGAAAGAAUCACAAGAUGCGAAUUGUUGUCUUCGUUGGUUCCCCUGUAAGUACUGACGAAAAAGAACUUGUUAAACUGGCCAAGAGACUCAAAAAAGAGAAGGUCAAUUGUGACGUAAUUUCUUUUGGAGAGGAUUCAGAUAAUAAUCCUCUACUCACAACAUUCGUUAACACUCUCAAUGGAAAAGACAACACGACAGGAGGUAGCCAUCUAGUGUCAGUACCAGCUGGAGGAUGUGUUGUAUUAUCUGAAGCUUUGAUCUCUAGUGCAGUUAUUGGUGGGGAUGGUGCUGGCCCAUCUGGAUCUGGUUUAUCACCAUUUGAAUUUGGUGUUGAUCCCAAUGAAGAUCCUGAGCUUGCUCUUGCUCUGAGGGUGUCUAUGGAAGAACAAAGACAGCGUCAAGAGGAAGAGUCUCGGCGCCAACAAGCAGGAACAGAGGGUGAAGCACCCAAAGCUGGGGAAGCUCAAGUUACUAGUGUAGCUCUUGACCGUGAACCAAUGGAACUAUCAGAAGAAGACCAGAUUGCAUUGGCAAUGCAAAUGAGUAUGCAACAAGAUGCCCCACAGGCUGAAGAAAGCAUGGAUGUUCCUGAAGAGUAUGCUGAAGUCAUGAAUGAUCCAGCAUUCCUUCAGAGUGUCCUUGAAAACUUACCUGGUGUUGAUCCUUCGAGUGAAGCCAUCAGAAAUGCUAUGUCCACCAUCAAGAAAGAUAAGGAUGAGAAGGAAGAUAAAGAUCAAAAGGAUAAGGAUGGUAAAGGUUCUGGUUCCAAGGAAAAUUGA